GCAAGGCACUAGCACCUGGACUUUGUGAUCAUUCCUUCCUGGCUUGCUAUAAAAGCUGCUGGACUUCACCAGUUGAACACAAGCAUUGACAGGUGGAUUUGCAGAUACACUUGCAAACUCAGGUCUAAGAGCCAUGAAGGUCCUUGUUGUGCUCGUCCUUGCUGUCUUCAGCGGCUGUCAAGCCAACCUGUUCUACGCUGAUGCACCCAAGCCACAGAUGGAGGUGAUGACUGAUGCUUUCUGGGACUAUGUUGCCAAAGUCACCCAGACAGCUGACGACACCCUGCAGAUGAUCAGGAAGUCUCAGUUUGGACAGGAAGUCAGUGCCCGUCUCACAGAAAGUUCCGACCUCGCCAGCACAUACGCUGUGAGCCUCCAGGAGCAGCUUCCCCCUUCAGCCCAGGACGUGAUUGCCAAAGUCACUGCAGAGGCUGAAGUGCUAAAGGAGCGUGUGAUCACAGAGCUGGGCACUGUCAGGGGGAAGCUGGAGCCCUACACUGAGGACAUGAAGGCCCAGAUCCAGCAGAGGGUGGAGCAGCUCAAACAGGAGCUGGCCCCCUACGCAGACUCCGUGGACUCCGAGGCCCUGAGGGCCACCCUGAUGCAGAAGAGCGAGGAGCUGAAGACCAGCCUGGAGCAGAGCGUGAAGGACCUGCAGACUCAGCUGGGGCCCUACACUGACGACCUGAAGCAGAAGGUUGACCUGCACCUGCAGGACUUCAAGGAGCGCGUGGCCCCAAUGACCGAGAAGGUGCAGAGCGAGUUGACUCAGAGAGCCCAGCAGGUGAAAGACAUGGCCACCCCCUACGUUGAUGAGCUGAGACAGAGACUGGACCCCUACGCACAGGACCUCCAGACUCGUCUCUCCUCCCUGUACAACUCCUUUGUCAAAGCUAACAUCUGUCCAGCAACCAUGAAGUCUGUAGCUCUGAUCCUUGCUCUGGCAGUCAUCACUGGCUGCAACGCCCGUGUUGUGCGCCAGGCUGAUGCCACCCCAAACCGCUGGGAGGAUACUGUGGAGCGUUUCUGGCAGUCCAUCCAUGAGCUGAACACCAACACUGAUGGAGUCGUGCAGAACCUUAAGGCCUCUCAGCUCAGCAGGGAGCUAGAUACUCUGAUCACCGACACCAUGGCAGAGCUCUCAACCUACACAGAUGACAUCCAGACCAAGCUGAGCCCCUAUGCUGACAUGUCUACCGGCCAACUGUCUCAGGACCUGCAGCUUCUGGCCAACAAACUGCAGAAGGACAUGUUGGACGCCAAGGAUCGCAGCACUGAGUAUCUGGGUGAGCUCAAGACCAUGAUGGAGCAGAACACCGAAGAUGUCCGUCACCGUAUCGGCAUCUACUCCAACAAGCUGAAGAAGCGCCUGAACAAGGACACAGAGGAGAUCCGCAACACCGUGGCCACUUACCUGGGUGAGCUCCAGUCCCGCACUUCCCAGAACCUCGACACAGUGAAGGAGCAGGUCCAGCCCUACGUGCAGCAGGUCAGCGACACCGCCGCCAAGAGGCUGAGCGACAUUUCCUCCAUGCUGCAGAGCCAGGCUGAUGGUCUGGGCAUGCAACUUGAGAGCCAGGCCGGGGGCCUCAAGACUCAGCUGGAGGCCACUGCCGAGGAGCUGCGCACCUCCCUGGAGGGCAAGAUCGAUGAGCUGACCGAGCUGUUCGCCCCCUACGCCACCAAGAUCCGUGAACAGAUUGAGAACAUCAUGGACAAGGUCAAGGAAUCUGCCUCUGCUUAAAGAAAGACUCUGAGGGUUUUUUAGGUGGUUGGGUUAGUAGAAGGAGAAAAUGUUUAAAGCACAGAAAGGGGUCAGUUGAAAGACACUGAUGAUUUCUUCAUUUAUGGAGCUCUGGUGUUCAGGGUUAGAAGGCUGAUGAGAGGAAGGAGGGAGGAUGAGGAGGUCAUCAGAUGAACAUUCUCUCCUCUGCAUCCUCACCCUCACUUCUUCUCUUAUCAACCCCCUUUCUCCAUGAACACGAGCAGCACAGUUAAUAGCAGCCUUUCAUGCACAAACAAGACAAUUAUUUGUAAUAUGCUUUGCUUUUUCUACUUUACUCUAACUGUACUAGCUGCCAAACCCCAUCUCCUUAAAUUUUACAAUCUGUUUCAAAGAUUUCAUUUGGAUGCAAAAAAAAUAACCACUGAGUUUGAGCCUCGUAGGCAGGAAACUCCAACCUGUAUCAUUUCUGAAUGAACCGAACAUGCACAAGUGUCUUUCAUUCCGUUAAAUGCACUGAAAUGUGAAAGUGAAAAUAAUCGGAACAGGCGGAAAUGUGUAAUUAUCCUGGAGCUGAUACGGAACCACUAAAGUGCCCUUCUGUCCGAGCUGUUUAUACUGUUGUCGCUCACACUGAGUUUAAGUGUAAUGCUGCCUGUCUGUUUCCUCAGUGUCCCUAAUGUUUCACAUGUCCUCCAUGCUGCUCACUAACUGCACACGGCCUGUGGCUGGACUGUGCUGAACAGUGCUGAGUGAAUAAAGAACCUAGAAAACAUA